AUGGUUUCAGCAGAAUUUGAAGAAAGAGCAAAAACGGUUUCAAAUUUGUCUAAAAGACCAACAGAUGAUGAAUUAUUAAAUCUUUACGGUUUGUAUAAACAAGCUACCGUUGGUGACAACACUACUGAUAAACCAGGUACUUUUGACUUUAAGGGAAAGUACAAAUGGCAAAGCUGGAAAGAUUUGGAGGGUACACCUCAAGAAGAAGCUGAGAAGAAGUAUAUCGAAUAUGCAACUGAGUUGAUUAACAAGUAUAAUUAG